AUGGCCCAAGACAAGGUUCCAGGCGCCCCAGACUGCGAUACCGUAAAGCAGGAAGCGAUGGCGUUUUUGCGGGAACGGUACUUAUACCUGCUUUCAAGUUUAUGCGGGGCCGGAGAUUGUGAAAUAAAAAUGCACGAGAACACGGAUGUGAAAUGCCGGAUAAAAGCCUUUGAUUCGAAUUUUGAAAAUAUUAUUGUUGAAGAUUUGCAAACACCGAUGCCCGUGCCCAUCAAUAAGGCGAUUUUGAGGACCGGUGAUAUAAUUUCAAUGAAAUUUCACUGUGAUUAUACUAAAUUAAUUAAAUAA